UUUUAUAGCCGAUCCUAAAUAAAAUACUUUUUUCACAGUACAUUGAUGCUUUUGUAGCUCAAAAUUUCCUGACAUCCCUAUAAACCCUUCAAUGUAAAUAGCAAUAGAGGAAAACGUGUUAGUAUCGCAACGAUUUUCCUUCAAGAGGUGUCGUGUCUUCAGUACGGCUUCAGCUCUCGAGCUGAGCGGAUGUGUGGAGGGACGAGGCGAUUUUGUCCUUUAAACUUUUGAAUGCAACACACGCGACGGAAUUCAAUUAAAUAAAUUAAGGUUUUUAGUGAUUUCUGUCCGUGAAUGGAUUCGUAAAUGUUAGUGCGUGGUGUUUGACUUGUGUUUUGUUUAUUCCAAUGAAAGUGUGAUGAAAGAAAAAUGUUUGUUUUACAAUGAGUCCCGGAACAGCGUUUCGGGGUAUCCUGGUUUAGCGAGCCUGCUGAGCGGGUAGGAUGCGGCGGCAUGCACCGCAUCGUGCUGCUAAUGGCGGUGCUCACGCGGGCUAUCGCUCCUCAAGCCAACGUCACAGGCUCACCAGCUACUGAACCAAGUAUUCUGCCGGCGUCCACCAUAAUGCCUCCGCCGCCGACAGUCUUCAAGAACCUGAGGGUGACCUCCAAACCCAGGAGACAACAGAAGCAUGGGAAGGUGGACUCCCCAAUGUUGAACUACAUUUUUGAUUCCUACGCUACCAAUAAUAAACAUUUUCAUGACAAAUUUCGUCCGCCAUCUUUUGAGGGCACAGCGUCAGAAGACACUAUUAUUGAUGCUGAUACAGGAUCUACAGUCAUAUUUGACUGCAAAGUGACUGCUUUAAGAGAUAAGACGGUAUCCUGGAUAAGAGUUUCCGAAGAUGAAAAUUUGGAACUGCUUACGGUAGAUCUGGAUACACAUACGACAGAUUUUAGGUACAGGGUAGACCUAGCGGGCGAGAAUUGGAAGUUGGCGCUAGCAGAUGCAAAGGUUCAAGACUCUGGUGUCUACUGUUGCCAUGUUUCUACACAUCCACCAAUGUUGCGGCGAUAUAAGUUAACUGUGCAUCCCCCAUCAAUAAAACUUAGUAAAGAAGCAUUUUUAGAAACGGGCGAGACUCUCUCUCUAAAAUGCGCAGUACUACAUUUGCAUCCCGGAGAAGCGGUUCCGGAGCUUCACUGGUACCGGGGGAACAGCACCGUCUGCCUGGACGAGGUCCGGGGAGGCGUUCUCAUAGAAACCGACCAUUUAACCCUGACCAGUCACUUGCAGGUGGCUCGACUGAAAGUGGAGGACGCAGGCAACUACACCUGUGCACUGGAAUCGCCGCUGCAGAUGAAGGCGACAACCAGGGUCCAUGUUUUACAAGGAUCAAGUCUAGCAGAGUUACAAAGCGGUGUGAAAACCACAACAAGCUACUUAAGUCUUCUCCUGACCUCUCUGCUGAUAGCUCUUGGGACACGGUAUGAAGAUAUAAGGUGACCUAUUUAGAGUAAAGUUUAUUCAGGAGGAUGGUAGCAAGAAUUAAUUUUAUUUGUUCAUUGGAGAAAUAAUUUUGGA